UCAGUGGGAGGGGAGGAGCUUGGGGUUUUCUUUCCCUCCUCCCUUUAACAUGGGAGCUAAUUGUAGCCUGUUGCAGAGUAAAGGUGUAUGAUGUGAGAAGCACAUGGAAUAAACUGUUUGGAUUAAAUCACUGGAGCGCAAAGGCUAUACUCUCCAAUCUUUGCUCACACACACUCACAUGGAGGCACCACCACUGACAGGAGCAUCACCUACAGAUGAAAUGUGACAGAUCCAUUUUAUGAGACUGUGUGGCGGCUACCAACUCACUGUCAGUCCUGUUGUGUGUAGCUGGCCUCUCUUUUACGGCUCACAGAGAAGUGACUCUAGCAUCUUGGGCUAUAUGUGAUCAUGGUUUGGACCAGGAGGACCAUAACAUUUUGGUUCAAGGACACUGACUACUGAGUUCCAGACUGCCAAAGUUUCAUGAUACCUGCACCUUUCCUCUAUCACUGAACAUCAUUGUGAGGAGGCUGCCCUUGCUCCUUCAUCCCAUCUUUACAGUCUGUUUUACCCAUGACUUCACAGAGUAUUUUUUGACAGUGAGGUCCAACAUUUCUUGAGCUCCACCUUUGGUUUUUAUUAUUGGAUCAUAUCACAGUUUCUAAACGGACGGUCUCGGGAGAUACUUCUGAAAAUUUGAUAACGGUGGGAACCACUGGCCCUUUACGAUUGUCUGUCACACAUCAGCAGUCAUGGAGUCUGUGGCAGCUAGAAUGGCCAUGGUGACGGACUCCCCCAACCUGUCAUUGAGGUCGAGGACUACUGUGACAACAGACCGUGACUCUUUUGUGAGUACUGCCAGCUUUCCCUGCUGCCACUUCCUGUCGGCCAACGUCAUCAAUGUUGUGGAGAAAUGUAUGAGCUCCAUGCAGAUGGGAACCCAGAUGGUGAAGCUCCGUGGUGGCUCCAAGGGACUGGUGCGGUUCUUCUAUCUGGACGAACACAAGUCCUGCAUCCGCUGGAGACCGUCGCGCAAGAAUGAAAAGGCCAAGAUCUCCAUCGACUCCAUUCGUGAGGUUUGUGAGGGUAAACAGUCCGAAAUCUUCCAGCGCUACGCAGAAGGCACCUUCGACCCCAACUGCUGCUUCAGCCUGUACUACGGAGAACAUGUGGAAUCUCUGGACCUGGUGUCUGGCACUGGAGAGGAGGCGAGAACCUGGAUCACAGGCCUGAAAUAUCUCAUGGCAGGCAUCAGUGAUGAGGACAGCCUGGCCAAAAGACAGCGCACUCGUGACCAAUGGCUGAAGCAGACCUUCACUGAGGCCGAUAAGAAUGGCGAUGGCAGCUUAAGCAUCGGCGAGGUCCUGCAACUCCUGCACAAACUCAACGUCAAUCUCCCUCGACAGAAGGUCAAGCAGAUGUUUAAGGAGGCUGACACAGAUGACAACCAGGGGACACUUGGCUUUGAGGAGUUCUGCUCCUUCUACAAGAUGAUGUCAACCCGCAGGGACCUGUACCUCCUCCUGCUCACCUACAGCAAUCACAAAGACCACCUCAACACCGAUGACCUGGCCCGCUACCUGGAGACUGAGCAAAAGAUGAUCAAGGCGACCAAGGACCACUGUCUGGAAAUCGUCAAUAAAUUUGAACCCUGUUCUGAAAACCAGAGAGAAGGCGUUUUGGGAAUUGAUGGUUUUACAAAUUACACACGCAGCCCAGCAGGGGACAUCUUCAACCCGGAACACUACAAUCUGAACCAGGACAUGAACCAGCCGUUGUGCAACUACUUCAUCGCCUCCUCACACAACACAUAUCUGAUGGGUGACCAGCUGAUGUCCCAGUCUCGGGUGGACAUGUACGCCUGGGUGCUGCAGGCGGGCUGUCGCUGUGUAGAAGUGGACUGUUGGGACGGUCAAGAUGGUGAGCCCAUUGUCCAUCACGGCUACACCCUCACUUCAAAGAUUCUCUUCAAAGAUGUCAUUGAGACCAUCAACAAGUACGCCUUCGUCAAGAAUGACUACCCCGUCAUCCUGUCCAUUGAGAACCACUGCAGUGUCCCUCAGCAAAAGAAGAUGGCCCAGUACCUUGUUGAAAUCCUGGGGGACAAACUGGACCUGGCCCACAUCAAAGCAGAUGAGUCUGGACAACUGCCUUCACCAGAAACGCUCAAGGGCAAGAUCCUUGUUAAGGGGAAGAAACUGCCUCCCAACAUUGAUGAGAACGCAGAGGAAGGAGACGUGUCAGACGAGGACAGUGCUGAUGAGAUGGAGGAUGACUGCAAGCUGAUGAACGGAGAUACAUCUGCCAACAGAAAGCAGGUGGAGAACAUGGCCAAGAAAAAGCUUGACAACCUGAUGAAGGAGUCAAAGAUUCGAGACAGAGAAGACCCAGACAGCUUCACCAUCGCAGCCCUCCCUCCUGCCGAGAAGCCCUCGGAGAAGACUGGCUCCAAGGUUAUCCUCUGCUGUCAGGGUAAAAGUGAGGAUGGGACGGACACAGCAGACGAGGCUAAUCCCAGCAGCAACAAGCAUUCAAGCCGUUCCUUCAUCGGGAGCUUUUCAAAACGCAAGAAAAAAACGACCAAGCUGAAGAAGACAUCGAGCUUUGAAGACACAGAUACCGAUCAAGAGAGCACAAGUAGUGCUUCCCGUGUCCCCCUGCACCACAGCAAAAAGAAGAAGACCAUGAAGUUAUCUAGAGCUCUGUCUGAUCUGGUUAAAUACACAAGGUCGGUUGGUCUCUAUGACAUUGAAGCAGAAGCCAACUGCACCUGGCAGGUGUCAUCGCUCAGUGAGACCAAAGCCCAUCAGGUCAUGCAGCAGAAAGCUACGUCCUUCAUCCACUUCAACCAGCGGCAGCUCUCCCGCAUCUACCCCUCCUCUUAUCGUGUGGACUCCUCCAACUUCAACCCUCAGCCUUUCUGGAACGCAGGCUGCCAGCUCGUUGCACUCAACUACCAGUCAGAGGGCCGGGUCCUGCAGCUCAACAGAGCCAAGUUCUAUAGCAACGGCAACUGUGGCUACAUCCUAAAGCCUCUCUGCAUGUGUGAAGGUGCCUUUAACCCCAACCUGGAGGAUCCGCUGCCAGGUCAGAUGAAGAAACAGCUGGUGUUGAAGAUCAUCAGUGGACAACAGCUGCCAAAACCCAAAGACUCUAUGUUAGGGGACAGGGGAGAGAUCAUUGAUCCCUUCGUGGAGGUGGAGAUCAUUGGCCUUCCAAUGGACUGCUGCAAGGAGCAGACCAGAGUGGUGGAUGAUAAUGGGUUCAACCCGAUGUGGGAGGAGACUCUGGUAUUUACGAUCAACAUGCCAGAGCUGGCCCUGGUGCGUUUCCUUGUGUGGGAUCAUGACCCCAUUGGCCAGGACUUCAUCGGCCAGCGCACCAUAGCCUUCAACAGCAUGAUGCCAGGUUAUCGCCAUGUGUACUUGGAAGGUAUGGAGGAGGCGUCAAUCUUUGUUCAUGUAGCUGUGAAUGACAUCACUGGUAAGGCCAGAGCAGCCAGCGGCAUAAAAGGGCUGUUUCACAGAAACCCAAAGCAAGCUUCCCUGGACAGCCAUGCUGUUGCACAGCACAGCCGUAAGCACCCAUUUGGUGCCCACCUCCUGCGCCGCACUGCCAGUGCACCAACCAAAGGCCAGCCCAAAAUCAAAAAGGGCUAUCCAGAGAUCACCAUCGACACCAAAGACUACAGCUCAGAGGGCGCUAGUGAGGAUCGAGAGUCUGAGGACCGGGACAAAGCCUCGGCUACCGCCUCUCAACAGCCCACGCCACCACAACACCUGACUGGGGAUUCACUGGCAUCCCACCAAGCCACCAAGGCGCCCAGGGACCAUCCUGACACCAAUGGGGCUUUUCACCCUGAGGAGGGUAAAGUCUGUUCUACAGUGCAGAGACCAGCUCCCCCCCUUCCAUUUCCUGUGCUGAGCUCUGAAAACCCCAGGAACCCACAUUCCAUCCGUUCUCCAAAAGAGAGGCUUGCACCACAUUGUGCUUCAUCUAGACUACUGCACUCACCAUCCACAGCAAUAAAUGCAGACUCCCCAUUGGCUGUUGCUUCAAAUGGGCUGAUGGACAGCCCCAUCAAGAUAAGGGACGACGUGACGUUUCCUACCCUUUCCAGAACCCUGUCACUCUCUACGACAAAGCCUGCUGAGAAUACUGUCCUGUCCCAGUGCAGUCAAGACACCCAGACCAACAGAAGUACUUAUACAUUCAACCAAGAAACUCUGACAGAGAAGACAGAGGAUAUGGCAGAAUUCAAGUCUGACCACAGAGCGAAGGCUCCUUCUGCAUCAGUGUUCACUGGACCCCCUGCAGUUCCAGCACCUCAGAAUGCCCAGGCCAGGAGAGCCCUUUUUAAUAGUCUGCCAUCACACCCACCAGUAAGAAGAACAAAAAGCGAGGGUCAUGUUCGGGUGGAUGUCGCUGCAGCUGGACAGGCCCAGUCAGCCAUACCAGAGGUCUGCACUGAUGCAACCAUGAACGACCGCCUUUGGAGAAAGCUGGAACCAAGCAGCCACCGAGACAGCAUGUCCUCCUCCUCUAGCAUUUCUUCCAGCGACACAGUCAUUGACCUGUCCCUGCCUAACCUGGCCAGGAAAAGCCUCACCAGCCUGCCUACAGCCAGCAGCACAUGCAUUCCUCCCUGGGUCAACUGUCGUCACUCAGCAUUACUCUCCUAUGAUACCCUGCCAGUUAGCAAGAGCAAGUCAAUCCCAAAUCUUCAGCAAAGUCACAGCUCCAUAGAUGAGCUUAAUCCCCGACCCCUGCAGCCCACACAGAAAGCUUGUAUGGACUCACCAAGCAGACUGACUCAAAGGAGGCACACCUGGAGUCGGCUCUACAUGGAAGGGCUCAAGCAGUCAUCAGCCAACAGGUCUUCCACUGCAACCACAACCCCAACAGAUACAACUUCCAUUUCCAAAAGCCUUGGGGAUCUGACCUCUGAUGACAUUUCCUGUAACUUUGACAGCAAGUACCGCAGCAUCAGCCGCAGCUUUAUUGUUAGGCCAACUAGGGAACAGCUGCGCAAGGGCAGCCCACGGAAGUCUUUUCCAUCCAACAACCUGACAGAGCAACUACGGAAAUUGACUGAUGUGGAGCCACUGACUGCAAGUGACUUUGCCUCAGAAAACAAGCCUAGAGAGUCACACGAGGAGACUGUGGAUGAGACCUUAGUGCGAAGGACCUCCUCGAGGAGCCAAAGCAGAGUGCGGUACAUUGCAAACAGGGCCAAGAAGGCCAUGGAAAGGCAGAGGCUCCAGGGCCUGGUCCAGGGCAGAAGUGCAAGUUUUAGCCUUACUGGUAGCAUUGGCAGUGGAAGUAGUGCUAGCCCCAUUGAGGAGCGGGGAAACCCCGAAGGGGCGUGUUGCACGGCCCGCAGUCCCUGCACCAGCCUGGACCUGCUGAGUCAACUUACCCCCCUAGGAUCGCCAAGACAGCCCGAGUCCUCCCCAAACCCUGAAAACAGUGAAGUCUUUUUUAUGCUCAAACUCUAAGAACUGGUGGACUUGGAACUGAGUGUGACAGAGUUCGAAAUUUUUUGUAAUACAGUCCAGUUUUUCUCAUUUUAAUAUCUUUUUUUAAAGAAAGUUGCGGUUCUUGCAGCAUGUCUUGCAGAAAACUGGUAAUGCAGAUCAUUUCAGCAUCUCACGGAAAAAUGGAAUCUCCUAUAUUAGUGACCCAUCAAUCCCUCGCCUUGACUUUGUGUGUCUUUUUUUGUUUUUUACCUGUUCAGUCAAGAAUCACUGUCUUGAAGAUAGUGGGGGGGUUCAUUCACAAACAACUACUGCAGCUCUCAUCUGUCUGCACCAAAUGUUAGAUACUUGUCAGAAUUUAUUUCGUGAAAAACUACCAGAAGUUUUUGUCUGUUUACGUUGACUGUGAUCUACUCUCAUGUUUGAGAUUUUGUUAUUAACAUUACAUACAUCCAGCACCAACAGAUCAUAAUCAGAGGAGACCAUUUUAAAUACUUUUUUUAUUUACUCGAAUGGUAUGAUAUACUUCAAGCUGAAGAUUAAUAGUUGAUGUCAAACAGUUUAUCAGCCCAUGCAUCCACUUGCAAUAUUUUGAAAAUAAUGGCAUGGUAUCAUAUUUAAGAGAUAAUGUACAGUUCGAUGCUAAAAGCUGAGACUUGUCUCAUGUCUUUGAAAAAAUGGUAAGGAAUCAUCCUUACAAUGCAGGACGAAAGUCUUUUAGUAUCUUUGUGUAGUAGUUACAUUGUAAUUUGACUCUGCUGCCAAUAUUUUGCAAACAUUUCUGAUCUGUGGCAUGUCACAGCACUGAGCUCAUGUACUUUAACGAAGUGGUAGACACAGAGUUUAGCCCUUUUUUUACUUGACUGCAUGUCUUAUAUGCACCGUAAUGUUUAACCUAAGGCUGUGCUUUAUUUUACAAUUUUUUUAAAGAUUUGGUAAUAUUCCAAAUCUUUCGUUUUGGAUGGUGGUCACAAGAGCAUCAUGUCCAAAACCCUGUGUUCUCAUCGGUCUGUAGCACUAAAACAAGAUGGAAAUGAUCUGUAUAAAAGCAUGUUUAUUUUUCGACCUGCUGUAUUGUUUGCACUGCCAUGACAGUUAUUUGUGCAAAAUCUUAGGGAUAAUAUUGAAUUCAAACAAUUGUGUAAUUAAGACCCAAAUAAAUCUCAAAUGAAUAUUA